AUGAGUCAAAUGGCUUUUAUUGACAAAACCUGUGAUCACGUGAUCGACGACGACGUCAUCCGCACUCAACACUACUUUGUUGAACUGAUGGGCAAUCUCUGGAGUGGGGGUCCGAAUGGGCGUCCGGAGGAGUCGGUGGGUUUGGGUUGGAGUGCGUACUGCUAUCCGCCCAAAACGGGUCAAUACUUCAGCACUCACUUCAUUAUGGGUGGCGAACGCUUCGAGACGUGCGCUCCCGAGGCCUACCUCUUCGGCGAGAAUAUGGACCUCAACUUCUUGGGCAGUCAUCCGACGCCUUUCCCCUACUCAGCGCCCGCACCACAAGAGCCCACCCGUACUCUCAGGGCUCUCAUCAACAUUCGCAAGGAAUCACUUCGAUUGGUCCGCAUUGUCACCAAUACUGAUCCUAUCAAAGACAUUCCUCUGGAGCCAAACGGCGAGAUACAGACACCCAAAGAGCCAUCUGUUUAUAACUUGGAGUUCGCGUUCGACGCGGACGUGAAGUGUGCCAUAACUGUCCACUACUUGUGCACCGAAGAGAUGACACCCAAUGGUAUUGUCUACACAUCGAAAGAACCGAAUCUCAGUUCCGGUACUUUUCAUUACAAGAGGGGUCCGAACCAACUGUUCAGCCAAUCGUCGCAUGUCUUUAAUCCAUCGCUUUUCUCAGACGAAGAGUUGAUGUAUCGAUCGGUCGAUGAAAAGGGCGACUUCGAUGGCAGCGCUCUUCUGCCGGUUGUGAUCCAUUGUGUAGCACAAGAGGGCGAAGACCCGCGACAGUCACACACACUGAUCGCUGUCGUCGAACGCAAUCACGAAAACAUGCAUUCAAUCAAACCGUUGAAACAAAAACUCUUUGUCGACGGUUUGACGUAUUUAUUGCAAGAGAUAUAUGGCAUCGAAAACAAGAACGCAUUGACCACUAAAGGAGACCAAACUCUGCCCGUAGACAAUGACUUGGAGGACAACUCAAGCACACCCAAAGAGCCAUCUGUUUAUAACUUGGAGUUCGCGUUCGACGCGGACGUGAAGUGUGCCAUAACUGUGCACUACUUGUGCACCGAAGAGAUGACACCCAAUGGUAUUGUCUACACAUCGAAAGAACCGAAUCUCAGUUCCAGUACUUAUCAUUACAAGAGGGGUCCGAACCAACUGUUCAGUCAAUCGUCGCAUGUCUUUAAUCCAUCGCUUUUCUCAGACGAAGAGUUGAUGUAUCGGUCGGUCGACGAAAAGGGCGACUUCGAUGGCAGCGCUCUUCUGCCGGUUGUGAUCCAUUGUGUGGCACAAGAGGGCGAAGACCCGCGACAGUCACACACUCUGAUCGCUGUCGUCGAACGCAAUCACGAAAACAUGCAUUCAAUCAAACCGUUGAAACAGAAACUCUUUGUCGACGGUUUGACGUAUUUAUUGCAAGAGAUAUAUGGCAUCGAAAACAAGAACGCAUUGACCACUAAAGGAGACCAAACUCUGCCCGUAGACAAUGACUUGGAGGACAACUCAAGCGAAUGUGUCAUUUGCAUGAGUGACCCGAGAGAUACACUCAUUCUUCCGUGUCGUCACCUCUGUCUUUGCAACGGAUGCGCCGAUUCAUUGCGAUAUCAGGCAAACAACUGUCCCAUAUGUCGGGCGCCAUUCAGAGCUUUACUACAACUCAAAGCAGUCCGAAAGACAUUUGUUGCCAAUACAGGCAUCGGUGGGAAUGCGAGUCCUGUUGUCAAUCACCACCAAUUGAUGUCUUCAAAUAGUUCUACAGAUUUAGUAGACAUACCUCCCGGUUAUGAACCCAUUUCACUGAUUGAAGCACUCAAUGGUCCGAACCCUCACUCCAAUGGUUUGUCUCCCUUUCGAACUAAUUGUAAUGAAAACGAAACUCCAAUUACUGUCAGAAAAUAUCAUAAAAACGAUCAGAAAUCCAAAAAAGCGAAUCAAAUUAACACUAAUAGUGGAGCAGAAGUGGUGUCCGAUUCGGUAACUGUUAUAACCAGAGCUCCAUUAGUUCGGUCACGUCUGGUCCCCUCCGAUAGUCCUUCAACUCCAGAAGUGGUUGUCUCGGGAAUACCGGUGUCGCCCAUCAAAGACAAUGUCGACAACGAAUUAAACAUUGAAACCAAUAAUGAGGUGAAAGAGCGAGAAGUGUGGCGCCGAUCGCUUGUAAAGAACCCGAAGCCAAGCAAACCCGUGGCCGAUGACAAUGGAAGUGCCUCUUCUUCUGCUUCUUCUACGGCAAUGACAGAGAAUAUUGCACUUCAAGAAAGAGUACGACUUUUAUCUCACGAUAAAUGCGAAGACGAUUGCGAUUACAUGACUGAAAGAGAGGAGAAACUGAAUGACGAAACAGAAAUGCAAUCAUUUCGAGUUCACACCAUCUCUUCGCCGACGCUUCUCAAGGAUUCUCCGGGAGAUUCGAGUCCCGUAUCGAUUGGUAUAUCUUCGGCGUCCUAUCCUAUGAUGAGCUUAAGGGACGGACUCGACGAACAGCACUCGAUGGACACGGAGGCCGACACCUUCUCUGUGGCCACUAUUAGCAGCACUAAUAAUAUAUUAAUUCGCGCCGAAGAAGAUCUGUGCGAUUAUUUCAUUCCAUAUAACGCUAAUAAAUCACAAAUGGAUUCGAUUGGACACAAUCUCAACACUACUUUAAUUAUAACUGAUGUCCCAAACGUUCCACAGGUUUAA